AUGUAUUCUGAAUUCAAGCGUCAUCUCAUUUUGCUUUUCUUGUCAUCGAUCUUCACUGCAGCCCAAUGUUCCUCGGACAAAAACGCCUUGGAAGGAGAUUGGUUUCCGUCUGAAAAGACACUGAAACAGCGUCUGUUUUUAAAAGAUGAGCUCCAUCAUCUGAAUGUAACUCAAGUUGAAAAACUGACUGUGUCCGACCUGUUAGAUUGCAUAGUUGAAUGUUUAAAAAAUGCUUUGUGCCUUUCAAUAAACAUGGCGGCCUUCAAAGGAGCAGAGGGGAAGCUUUGGUGUGAAUUGCUGUCUUCUGAUAAGUACAGAGACACUAGGAACUACAAAGAAAACAUGAGUUCGCAUCAUUUCUCUACUCUGUCUCCUUGUUCGUCCUGGCCGUGUCAAAACGGAGGAAUUUGCGUCCCGAAUUACAAAUACUACUCUUACCAAUGUCUCUGUGAAGCAGGUUUCAUGGGAGAAUUUUGUGAGAAAGCUAUUACGUCUUGCAAGGCGCUCUAUGACUUCAAAAGGUCUAAUGUCAGUGAAAUGGUUACCCUCCACCUGGACUCCAAACCAGUCUCUGUUCUUUGUCACAUGAGAGAUUUUGGAUGUGGAAAUGGAGGAUGGACGCCGGUCAUGAAGAUUGACGGCACCAAGAAUACCUUUCAUUAUAACAACCCGUACUGGAGCAAUAAAAUUGAAUACAACCUCCCCGGAGGGGAGUCUGGGUUUGAUUCGGAGGAGACAAAGUUACCGACCUACUGGAAUACAUCCUUCUCCAAGAUCUGCCUCGGUAUGAAGAUCGGACAACAGCUCAGGUUCACUGUAAUUGACAGAAAGGCCGACUCUCUGUACUCACUGAUCGCUGAUGGUCAAUACCGCGCCAUCUCACUUGGUCGAGAUACCUGGAAGAGUCUGAUUGGUUCAGAUGCCUCCUUACAGUUAAAUUGUAACAGGGAAGGAUUCAAUACUGUUGAUGUUAACCGUUUAGACGUUUACCAUUCUGAAGCAAGAAUUGGUAUCGUUGCUAACCAGGAGAAUGAUUGUAAGACCUGUGACUCAAGGAUAGGGUUCGGUACAGGGGGAUAUUUUGAAGACGCUGUGGCGUGUGGUAAUGUGGCAUAUGUAGGAGGAGAUAAUGGGGACAGGCGCACUCCAGGCAUGGGGUACAUCCUGGUGCAGUAA